AUGUCUGCUAGCGCGGGUCGCGCAAACAAGGCGCCGCCCAAGCGAAUGCGCCUCGGCACCCGCAGCUGCGCAGAGUGCCGCCGCCGCAAGGUGCGAUGCGUCUUCCCCGAUAAAGCGUCGAUGUGCGAAGGCUGUGCUCUCCAUGGCGUCGAGUGCAGGCCCCAGCAGCCUCCAGGGAGCCAGAGGCGCGACCUGGAGCAUGGUACCGCAUUGGAAAGACGGCUUGACGAGAUCGAAGCACUUCUCCGACAGCAGCAGAACUUGAUGAGUGCCAAUCAGCAGAACUUGAUGAGUGCCAAUCACCUCUCGGUCUCCACGCCGUCGAGUCAAGGUCAGGGCGAUGCUCAAUCAUCCGCUUUUCAACACCAGUUCCAAGGACCCAGCCUUGACACGCCUUCAACCCAGCCGAGCAAUGGCUGGGCACGUACUGAACCAACAAGCAGUCCAGGCGCCUCCGAAGGCUCGGGAGAUGCGGCUCGCCUCGAUGUACUCAACAACUCUCCAUUGUUCAGAUUGUUCAAGGAAGCACUGUCCUUGAUGCAGAAGGAUCCAGAGUCCUCUAUCACGCCCAUCCCCACACCUAGCAAUACGCAUACUCAAGUAGGGAUUGAGACCUUCGACAGGAGGAGAAAUAUCUUCGAUCACCUAUCGAAGCAAACCCUGGAGCAAAUACUGGACAAGACGAAAAGGUGUUGGGGCAUCUGGCCUCCCUGCUUCUUUGGAAGCCGCCCACUGCGCAACAUGACCGUUCUCGAGAUGUCUGACUUCAUCUCGACAGCCAUCGGCUCCACUGAUACGGCUAUGCACGCCAAGGUCCAUGUGUGGAUAGCGCUCUGCAUCUUUGAGUUACCGCGCGCGUGGGUGCAGCAAUUCUCAGAACUUGCGCAGCCAGAUGCAUUAAUCGACACCCUCCUGUCCCUGUCAAGGCAUCUCCUCGCGGUUCGCAUACAGUCUGGCGAGACCCUUGACCAGAUCGAAACACUUGCAUUAGAAGCUAAACUGUGCAUUGAUCUAGGCCGGCCAAGACAGGCGUGGCAGGCUGUUCGACAAGCAAUCAAUUCGUCCCUCUUACUCGGCCUGCACCGAACUAUGCCGGAGAACAACCGCGGAUUGAAUUUAUGGAGGAUACUACUGCACUCGGAACGCCAGCUCUGUGUGGUGCUGGGCCUUCCAUCUUCCAUCUCGAGCCUAAACAAGUCCCUCAUACCAGAACCGGACAACUCGGUUCCUCUGCAGCGCCUCAUGCACGAGAUGACCAUCAUCUUCGGCGGUAUCGCGGACAGAAACCAGGCCAUGAACGAGGACAAGUCAUCGAUUUUGCGGACCAUGGAGUUCGGCCACAGGUGGGAAAGCAGCAAGAGCAUCAUGCCUGACGAAUUUUGGAGCUCGCCGCCACCCUCUGGUCUGACAUUCGAGGAGCUGUACCUCCGGCAGACGGUGAAGAUCCAGUUCUUUAUGCUGGGCAAAGACAUCCACCUGCCAUUCUUCCUAGUUCCUCCCGAGGUACACGACUACCCUCUGAGCCGGACCGGAUGCCUUGUUGCAUCACGCGAAGUCAUCAUUUCUUAUCUCGACCUCCAUAGAGGAGCGGGACCGGAGUUAGCACCCUGCGGUCUGAUGGACUUUGAAGCCUUCUCGGCAGGCGUGGUCAUGGCGAUUCGGAUUCUGCGCGCCGCAGUCAACGAGAUCGACACAUUUUACCUGCUUCUCCCCCACCGGAGCCUGCUCGUCGAGCUCGUCGAGGCCCUGCGCCACGCGUCCACCUUGAAGGAAUGCACCGUCGCUGGCCAAGCGGCAGACGUGCUGGGCAAACUCGUCGCGCUGAUCCGCGAAGACAUGUCGCAGCCGUACCAGGACAUAGAGGCCACCGAGUGCGACGUCACGAUACCGUUCUUCGGGCGGCUGAGGAUCAAGGUCUUGCAUGCUCCUGCUGACCAGGACACGGACCCGCCGUCGCCGGCACCCGUGGCCGAGGUGGCCGGUCUGCCGACCACGGCAUUCCCGGCCGUCGAGUUUGGAGCCAUGCCCUUUGGGUCCGAUGCCUUUGCCAAUUUCGACCUCAACGCCGAGCUUACUGCCGACUGGUCCACGGCGGUCGAGACUACUGGCGACCUGGGUUAUGAUUGGCUGCCAGUGUUCCAGUGA